ACGAGGCCCCACCCCCUUUUCUCUCCCUGCCCCCAGCUGAGUAAGAAGUAUGGACCAGUGUUCACCGUGCACCUGGGACCCUGGCGGCGCGUGGUGGUCCUGGUUGGGCACAAGGCUGUGCAGGAGGCCCUGGGAGGUCAGGCUGAGGAGUUCAGUGGGCGGGGGAUGUUGGCAACACUGGACCCGACCUUUGACGGCCAUGGGGUUUUCUUCUCCAAUGGGGAGCGAUGGAGGCAGCUGAGGAGGUUUACCAUGCUCGCUCUGCGGGACCUGGGCAUGGGGAAGCGAGAAGGCGAGGAGCUGAUCCAGGCCGAGGCCCGGUGUCUGGUGGAGGCCUUCCAGGGAACAGCAGGACAGCCAUUUGACCCCUCCCUGCUGCUGGCCCAGGCCACCUCCAAUAUUGCCUGCUCCCUCACCGUGGGCCUCCGUUUUCCCUAUGAGGAUGAGGAGUUCCAGGCUGUGGUCCAGGCUGCUGGUGGCAUCCUGCUGGGGAUCAGCUCCCCUUGGGGCCAGACCUAUGAGAUGUUCUCCUGGCUCCUGCAGCGCCUUCCAGGCUCCCAAACCCAGCUCCUCAGCCAUGUGAGCACCCUGGCCACCUUCGCCAUUGAGCAGGUGAAGCGGCACCAGGGGAGCCUGGACCCCUCAGGCCCUGCACGCGAUGUUGUGGAUGCCUUCCUGCUGAAGAUGGCAAAGGAGGAACGUGAUGCAAACACAGAAUUCACUGACAAGAACUUGUUGAUGACUGUCAUUUAUCUGCUGUUUGCGGGGACGGGGACCGUCAGCACCACGGUCCGCUACACCCUCCUGCUCCUGUUGAAAUACCCUCAGGUCCAAGAACGCGUGCACGAGGAACUGACAAGGGAGCUGGGUGCUGGCCGGGCGCCAGGCCUGGGGGACCGAGCUCGCCUCCCAUACACGGACGCGGUUCUGCACGAGGCGCAGCGGCUGCUGGCCCUGGUGCCCAUGGGGAUACCCCGAGCCCUCACGAGGACCACCUGCUUCCGAGGAUACACCCUGCCCCAGGUGGGUCUGCGGUGCAGCCAUGCCCAGUAGUAUCUCUGCCUUAGGCCUGAGUCUGUUGUUAUCUGUGUCUCUCUGACUUUUUCUGGAUCUUGGUCUCUCUCUUUCUGUGUCUUCCUCCUCUCUUCUCCUCCUCCCCCUCCU